AAUGUGGUGUGAACGUUAGUAAACUACGCAGCACAAUGUGGACGAAGCUCCACGUUUCGUUCCCCAAAAGAGCUGUCUCUGCAUAAAGACUUUGCGGAUCUUCUGCUUAUAUCAUCCCUCUCCAGCUUUCGCUUAUCAAACAGAAAUAUCCUCCCCAGCCUUCCAUCUCGCCGGUGCUCAUCUUGUCUUGCACUUCACCCUGAAAAAGAGGAGAAGGAUAACCAAAGGGAAAAGAAGAAAGACAAAAGAAAGGGAGAGAAUUGUACCAAGUAGCAUGGCGGGCGGCAGCGGAUCCAGCAACGAGAGUUCUCUGGAGUACACGCCGACAUGGGCGCUAGCGGUGGUUUGCUUCUUGUUCAUAUCGACCUCCCUCGUUCUCGAGCGCCUCAUCCAUCUCCUCACACACUGGCUCAAGAGACACCGGAAGCGUGCCUUGACGGAGGCGGUUGAGAGACUUAAAUCCGAGUUGAUGCUGCUAGGGUUCGUAUCGCUGCUCUUAGCGGUGACCCAAGAAUCGAUAUCAAACAUCUGCAUCUCUGCCAAGCUCGCAGACACCAUGCUUCCUUGUAAGAAGCAAAAUUCGACGUCUGUCGAAACGACGGAGAAAUUCCAAGUCGAGCGCUUCUUGGGAGAGAUGGUAAUGACAGCAGCCGCUGUGAACUUGUCGAUGGUGGUCGACGGAGCUGCAUAUCGGAAACUUCUAUGGCUUCCAUGGCGGCAACUGGCAGAUGACGAAGACACGACAACGGCAACAACUACAAACAGCACGGCCACCGAUCCUUGCAGCUCAAAGGGGAAGGUGUCAUUGGUGACCCAAGAAGGGAUGCAGCAGCUCUCGAUCUUCAUCUUCGUGUUGGCGGUAAUGCAGAUUGCGUACAGUGUGAUCGCCCUGGGUUUGGGCAGAUUAAAGAUGAGGCGUUGGGAAGCUUGGGAAAAAGAAACUCAAACUACCGAGUAUCUGGUCGCCAAUGAUCCAAAUAGAUUCAGAUUCACAAGACAAACAACUUUUGGAAGACGGCACAUGACGACUUGUUCCGACACAUCCAUCAAUUUAUGGAUCAAAUGCUUUUUCAGACAAUUCUUUCGCUCUGUCGCGAAAGUCGAUUACCUCACCCUCAGACACGGUUUCAUCUCGGCUCACUUAUCGGCUCGCCAUAAUAAUUUCAAUUUCCAAAGGUACAUACAGCGGUCUUUAGAGGAAGACUUCAAGGUUGUGGUCAGCAUAAGCCCCGUGAUGUGGUUCGUGGUCGUCAUAUUCAUGCUUGUCGAUGUCCAUGGGUGGAAUGUCUAUCUCUGGGUCUCUUACGUCCCGCUCCUGUUGGUGUUGGUGGUCGGGACCAAACUGGAAGUGAUCGUGGCGAGAAUGGCUCUGCAGAUGAAGAACCAGAACAGCGUGAUCAUCGGCACCCCGCUGGUUCGGCCGAAUGACGACCUCUUCUGGUUCGGCCAUCCCAAAUUCGUCCUCACGCUUCUUCACUACACUCUUUUCGUGAAUGCGUUCGAACUCGCGUUCUUCAUUUGGGUCACGGUACAAUUCGGGGUGGGAUCCUGCUACCAUGAGCACACCGUGAUCCUUGUGACAAGAGUGGUGUUGGCGGUUGCAGUUCAAGUGAUUUGCUGCUACAUCACUCUUCCCCUGUAUGCGCUUGUCACGCAGAUGGGUUCGCACUUCAAAGGCAAAGUCCUGGAUGAGCAAAUGGCAAACAUAAUAAAGCAAUGGCAUGCCGAAGUGAGGGAGAGAAGGAACAACAGCCAUAAACUGGAACAAUCCUUCUUUCAAUCCCCGCGGACUUCUCUGUCUCUCGAGUCGAACCACUCGAGGGCUAGCCCCGCCACGAAUUUCGACCCUCCACGGUCGUCUUUCGGGGCCGCCAGGAGGGCGCUGGACCAUAGCACUCCCUCCUCGAGUAGUCACGCUAAAGGAGAGAUCACGGAGGAAGAAUUCAACGAGGAUUACGAUUUGAGAAUCAGAGAGGAAGGCUCUUCCAGGGGCAUUUCUCGGGCUUCCGUGUUGGAAAUGCCGUCGUUUAGGCAGUGAUGGCGUCGGAAAAUUGAAGAGCCAACGAUGGAUGAGUAUUUGUUUUACAACUGGGCAUGUAGAAGAAGAUGCGCGCGAAUCGGGCCUUUGCAGGACAGCUACUUGGCGAUGGCAUCGUUGCGCAUUAGAGUCACCAGACGGGAUAUAAAUGCCAUACAGGAGGACAGAUCUAUUUAGAUCUUUCGGCCACCGUGUACAUCAAUUUCAGUAGAAUACAUAUACAGUAACAGGAGUUGGACGAUUUAUUCCAGCCUACCAGGGAUAUGUAGCUAAACGACAUAUAGAGAAGCAAUAUACACACGACUCGGUCAAUGUUUAUCUACUCAUAUCAUCAUCAGCUAACAUGUGCAAGGUUUAAUGGUUGAACUGUGAACGCGUCGUUAAAAGCAUGAUUAGCGUCAUAUCUGUGCAUGACCAAAGUGAUCUUUCUUGAAUGUUAGCUUGAGAUCAUUAGGUGAAAAUCUGUUGGUAUAUGCCUAAGAAUCCUGCCAC